UCUGAUAGCUGCUUUACAAAUACUUAGCCAUGUGCCUGCAGCAGUUAACAAUGAUUGUGUUAGCAUUUAUUUACAACAUUUUUAUUCACAAAGGAAAAUUAAUGCCCAGAUUUACUGUUGCGUUGGAAUAUUGCUGUUCUGUCAGGUUACUUGUUGUAGCAACAAGCACUGAUGUAUUGUGCCAGAGAACUCAAAAAAUUUGUUUUGUUUUUUUUGUACCUAGUGAUGGUGGCCUUCGUUUUGGAGAAAUGGAACGAGAUUGUCAGAUUGCCCAUGGAGCAGCACAGUUCUUGAGAGAGAGGUUGUUUGAGGCAUCAGACCCAUACCAAGUCCAUGUAUGUAACCUCUGUGGGAUCAUGGCAAUUGCAAACACAAGGACUCACACAUAUGAAUGCCGAGGAUGCCGAAAUAAAACACAGAUAUCUUUGGUUCGAAUGCCCUACGCCUGCAAACUCCUCUUCCAAGAGCUGAUGUCUAUGAGCAUUGCACCUCGGAUGAUGAGUGUUUAGCUUCUUAAAGAGGUUUUUUUUUAAAAUGUGAGACUGAAGUAUUCAGAUUUUGUUUCAUUUUGUGUAGGUUGUGUUUAAAAUAGUCUUACUCAUCAGCUGUGUGCUCUUUAAAAGUAUGUUUAUUUCCUGUAAAUAGAAUUAAAAUUUGUAAUCGAA